CCACCAGAAGUGGGUAACACCGCGGCCAACAACCAAACUAUUGUAUUUAGACGAUUAGAGUUCCGUAAACUUUCAUUACCAAGAACGAUGAAUAAUCAUAUUCAGAUAGCUUUUUGCGUCUGUAUGCUGGCUUUCGUUAACUUUAGUUACGGAAAUGUAGCUGCUCUUCGACCGAAUCCUUCUUCCUUUUGCGGGAAGCAAUUUUUUAUUGAAGAUGCACUUGUUAUUGACGGUCCUUUUCAAGAAGGCUGUGUUUUAGAAUUUCAAACACAAGACGACCGUAUUCUAGCGUUCAGCAUCCUUCGUGGAGUCAUAGACGCAUUUGGGGACGAAAUGGACACCGAUUCUGCAAUCCUUCAAGUUGAACACCAGGAAACCCACGAACUUUCAGGAAGACAAGAAUUGCCUGUGACUAUGUACACAAAAAAUUCGAAAGCGUCCGUUCGUUUUUUAAAAGCAACAGCUCAUUUGCAGCUCAAGAUUCAAAAGGCCGUUACAUGUGAAUUAAACGUGGGGGUAGAUACUAGCUGUGGACGAGUGGUGGACGAAGUUUCCUGCUAUUGUCAAAUUGCGAAACUCCUGACUCAGGUUGAUCACACAAUGUUCUGUCUUGACAUCGGUAUGAAAUUGGUGUCUUUCGAAACGGCACUAGAAGAAGAGAAGAUUCGCGAUGCUUGGUUUCCCGAUCCACAACACUGGACCUCAAUGACCGAUUACCGUCGCGACAACGACUGGGUUUGGGAAAGCACGAUGUCCCUCUUGAGCGAACAAAGUUACACUCUUUGGUUUCCAGGGAGACCCAAUAUGCAAGUUGACAAUAGUGACGAUUGCAUGGUCUACGGCGGUACAUUCCUGACGUACUGGGGAGACGUUAGUUGCGAUUCAUUGGCUCGUUCUGUUUGUGAAGCUCAGCCUUAAAUGGCGAACCGCAAUAAGCUGUUGAAUAACUUGUGAGUGUCCUAUUGAUUCAAAAGAACGUAGUCUAUUCAACUGUAUGCAGAAAUAUAAUACAAAUCUAUACAGAA